AUGGAGUUGGGUGAAUUGAUCAACGGGACCACAGUGAAGGAAUUCAUUUUGCUGGGAUUUGGCAUCGGGCAACAGGAACGGUUCCUGCUCCUCAUCUUUUUUACUGUUCUCUAUGUGAUCACAUUGGCUGAAAACUUCAUCAUCAUUGCGCUGGUACUUCUAGAUGCCCACCUGUCCCGGCUUCCCAUGUACAUCCUGCUGAGCAACUUCUCCUGGCUGGAGAUCUGUUACGUGACCAUCACUGUGCCUCGUAUGAUCUUUGACCUGGCAUCUCCUCAGGGGAUCAUCUCUUUCAGGGACUGCUUCCUCCAGUUCUACCUAUUAUUUUCUCUUGGCACUAGUGAAGAUCUCUUCCUCUCAGCCAUGGCCUUGGAUCGGUACUUGGCUAUCUGCCACCCACUGCGCUACCCACAAAUCAUGUCCAUAAAUUUCUGCUGUGCUCUGGUGGCUGCUUGUUGGGUCCUUGGCUUCAUGGCCUAUGUUGUUCCAAUGACUAUGAUCUUGAAGUUGUCGUUCUGUGGCCCCAACAUCAUUGACCAUUUUUUGUGUGAUGCUGGGCCCCUCUUGUCCCUGGCCUGCCCACCACUUGGAGCUACUCCCUUUGUCUGUCAGAUGUUUGUCAAUACUUUUGUUUUAAGCAAUGUCUUAUUUGUUGUGCUUUCCUACGGCACUGUGAUUUUCACCCUGAUGAAACCCUCUUACCAAGGUAGUCGUAAGAAGGCCUUCUCCACCAUAUCCUUCCAUCUGAUUGUAGUGACACUUUUCUAUGGCUCUGUGGCAGGAAUGUACAUAUGUCCAGAGGGUGAAAAUCAGUCUGAGGUCUCAAAGGCUGUAACGCUCUUCUACACUUCCAUUACACCUUUUCUCAACCCCAUGAUUUACUGCUUGAGGAAUGAUCAGGUGAAGGAGGCUCUGAGCAGGCUACGGAGAAGAAAGGUGUCAUUAUUGGGGAGAAAUAUGACAGUAUAA